AGACAAUCAUCUUGAGAUGGUUUGAGACUUGCCCGAAUUCUUCAUCCACUAUCAAGCGAGCAAAAAGACUUAAAAGAGACUCAGAAAGUGAAGUUCUGUUGGUUUGGUUGCGGCAGCUGCGUUCCACUUCUAACCCGCAAAUCACCAGGCCCGACUCCUGGAUCUCUGCCAUAGCUCAUAUCUCCGAGCCUCAGCUGUCAUGUCCUUCACUUUUGACUGACUCAUGGAAAUGUCGGCCUCGCUCGCCUCAUCAGAGCAGCCUCGAGUGGGAACAUCUAAUGCGGUAUUCAAAAGCGGGCCACUAUUCAUCUCUUCAAAAGGACUAGGUUGGAAGUCUUGGAAAAAGCGUUGGUUUAUUCUUACGCGCACAUCUUUGGUUUUCUUCAAAAAUGACCCUAGUACCCUUCCACAACCCCGUGGCGAAGUUAAUCUGACUUUGGGAGGCAUAGACUUAAAUAACUCUGGAAGUGUGGUUGUUAGAGAUGAUAAAAAACUGCUAACUGUACUCUUCCCUGAUGGACGUGAUGGUCGGGCAUUUACUCUUAAGGCUGAAACAUCAGAAGAUUUGUAUGAGUGGAAGACUGCUCUUGAGCAUGCUCUUGCUCAAGCGCCCAAUGCUGCACUUGUGAUGGGACACAAUGGCAUUUUUCGAAGUGAGAAUGGCGAUUCAGUGGAGGGGUCUUUCCAUCAUUGGAGGGAUAAGCGUCAUGUUAAGUCUUUGGUUGUUGGACGGCCAAUCUUGCUUGCCCUAGAAGACAUAGAUGGUGGCCCAUCCUUCCUCGAAAAGGCACUUAAAUUUCUUGAGAAGCAUGGAACGAAAGUUGAAGGGAUAUUGCGACAAUCUGCCGAUGUAGAGGAAGUAGAGCAAAGGGUAAAAGCAUACGAGCAAGGUAAGACUGAAUUUGGUUCAGAUGAGGAUGCCCAUGUAAUUGGUGACUGCGUGAAGCAUGUACUGCGCGAGCUGCCAUCAUCUCCUGUUCCUGCAUCUUGCUGCACUGCAUUGUUGGAGGCAUACAAAAUUGAUAGGAAAGAAGCUCGGUUGAAUGCUAUCCGCUCUGCAAUAGUUGAGACAUUUCCUGAACCCAACCGACGGUUACUACAGAGAAUUGUGAAGAUGAUGUAUACAAUCUCUUCACAUGCUUCUGAGAAUAGGAUGAAUUCAUCCGCUGUAGCUGCAUGUAUGGCACCAUUGCUUUUGCGACCUUUAUUAGCUGGUGAAUGUGAGUUGGAGGAUGAUUUUGAUUCCAAUGGUGACAACUCGGCACAGAUUCUUGCUGCUGCUAAUGCUGCUAAUAAUGCCCAAGCUAUCAUUACAACACUCUUAGAGGAGUACGAGAAUAUUUUUGAUGAGGAUAAUCUACAUCGAUGCUCUAUUUCAGCGGAUUCACGCAUUGGAAACAGUGGCAGCGAAGAUUCAAGUGAUGAGGAGAGUUUGGAGGUGAAAGGCAUUGGUUAUCAUGAUGCUGAAAAUGAGGCCUUGCAAGAAUCAGAUGAUGAUCAUGAUCGUGUACUUAGUGGAAAGCUAAGUGACAGCAGUAGCUCUGCUGCCAGUGAUCUUUAUGAUUACAAGGCAUUUGGAGGUGAUGAUUCAGAUUUUGACUCUCCAAGGAACAAUCAAACAGCUGGAAUUGAGUUUAAACCAACUGCAGACUCUCAGCCAGCUACAGAUUCAAACAUUUUAUUUAGUGAACAGCUGGGCGGCCUAGACCGACAUAAAAGGACAUCUGAGUGUGGGAGGGCUACUCCUUCUGAAUCAACAAAUAAUGGAUCUCAGCGGUCUAUGGGUGAAAUACUUUCAUCUAUGGAUCAAGGGCUAUUUCAUCCUUCCUCUGGGAAAAAUUCACCCAUUGGGAGGUCCUCCAGUAAAUUAACUUCCCCCCAUCUCAAUGUCAAAAGAUCAUCAUUCUGGGGCCGAAACAGUGCAAGAAAGACUCCAUCAGUGGAUUCAGUUGAUUCUUCUGGAGAGGAAGAGCUUGCUAUACAGAGACUUGAGACUACUAAAAAUGACUUGCGUCAUAGAAUUGCGAAAGAGGCAAGAGGGAAUGCAAUUCUGCAGGCUAGCCUUGAGAGAAGGAAACAAGCAUUGCAUGAACGACGAUUGGCACUGGAACAAGAUGUUGCAAGAUUACAAGAACAGCUACAAGCUGAGAGGGACUUGAGGGCUGCCCUGGAAGUUGGAUUGAGCAUGUCUCCUGGGCAGUUAUCAGGCUCUCGCGGUAUGGAUUCUAAGACAAGGGCUGAGCUUGAAGAGAUAGCACUUGCUGAGGCUGAUGUGGCUAGACUAAAGCAGAAAGUUGCAGAGUUACACCAUCAACUUAAUCAGCAGCGCCAAAAUCACUUUGAUCCUCUAGCUGAUGCUUGUGAUCGUUUUCAACAUGCCCAAAACGAUAGCCCUCAACUGAAAUACUUUCAGCAAGAUUUUGACACAACCCUUGCUUUCUGUAAUCAUGAAAGGAAACAAAGGACUGAGGAACUGUUUUGUUCGGAACUGAGGAACGUCAAAGGACCAGCUCUGACGCCUGGCAACACUAGCAGGCAGGCAGCUCACAAACAUUCAUUGGAGUCCACGAGCUUGAGUGAUUCUAAGAGUGCUGAAGCAUCAACCAGUUUAUCCGUGGAUGAAUUUGGUGUUGUUGUUGACUCCGUCUCUCUGCCAUCUACCUCAAGGGCUACGGAGGAACUGUUUUGUUCGGAACUGAGGAACGUCAAAGGACCAGCUCUGACGCCUGGCAACACUAGCAGGCAGGCAGCUCACAAACAUUCAUUGGAGUCCACGAGCUUGAGUGAUUCUAAGAGUGCUGAAGCAUCAACCAGUUUAUCCGUGGAUGAAUUUGGUGUUGUUGUUGACUCCGUCUCUCUGCCAUCUACCUCAAGGGCUACGGAGGGAUUGGGUUAUGGUCGGCAUCCUCCUCCAGUCAUUGCAUCUUCCACCUUGGUGGAGUUGACCACACGAUUGGAUUUCUUCAAAGAAAGACGUUCUCAGCUGAUGGAGCAGUUGCACAACCUUGACCUAAAUUACGGGUCAGCUCCACAAGAUUUCAUGUACAAACCACCAUCUUCAUCUCCACCGUGGAACUGAUCAACGGACCAAAGGUGGGGAGGAUACUUGACACAGUUGACAGCAUUUGCAAGGUGUUGCGGGAUCUUACCAUUUGUACAUUCUUUUUUCAUUACUACUGCUGCAUAUGCAUAUUCCCACGAUGUAUUUUUUUUGGGAUGCCAUUUUUCUUUCUUUCUAACUGUUCUCUGAAAUAGAGUGCUCGGUUUGUUAAUCAAUAUUAUGAGUUCUGUGCACUCUACUGUUGUUGUAAGCAUCAUCUUGGCUAUUGUGUAAUAUAUAGAGUUAUGUUUUGUUCUUU